GAAUAGUCAGGCUGGGAGCGGAAGCGGCGCGAAGUGCGCGUAAAAUGGCGGCGUCGUGAAGUUGCAUGUUGUGGGGGGCCUCCGCUGAGUCCGUUGGGAGGAACCGCCAGUUUUCGCCGCAGCCUCCCUCCGCCAACCCUCGCCAUGGCGGUGACCGUCACCCUGAAGACUCUGCAGCAGCAGACAUUCAAGAUCCGGAUGGAGCCUGACGAGACGGUCCGAGUACUUAAGGAGAAGAUUGAGGCUGAAAAGGGCAAGGAAGCUUUCCCCGUGUCAGGCCAGAAGCUUAUAUAUGCUGGCAAGAUCCUGAGUGAUGAUGUCCCCAUCAAGGAAUACAAGAUUGAUGAGAAGAACUUCGUAGUGGUGAUGGUCACCAAGAACAAAACAGGCUCAGGAGCUCCUGUUUCUUCACCCACUGAUGCAGCAGCCACCUCAGAACCCACACCCUCUUCUGGGCCUACGGCAGCUACCGUUUCACCCCUUCAAGCAUCCCCAUCAAGUGAGGAAAAGCCUCCUGAAGAGUCAGUGACUGUUUCUCCCCUGGAAUCUACAGUUGGCUCUGUUCCCUCUUCAGGUAGCAUGGGACGUGAAGAUGAUGCAGCUUCCACUUUAGUUACUGGCUCAGAAUAUGAGACAAUGCUGACUGAAAUCAUGUCAAUGGGCUAUGAGCGAGAGCGGGUAGUAGCAGCGCUACGGGCGAGCUACAACAACCCACACCGAGCUGUGGAAUACCUGCUGACGGGCAUACCGGGUAGUCCAGAACCUGAGAGAGCUCCCAUCCAGGAGAGCCAGCCCCAAGAUCAGCCUGCACCAGAAGGAGAGAACCCUCUGGAAUUUCUGCGAGAUCAGCCCCAGUUUCAGAAUAUGAGGCAGGUGAUACAGCAGAAUCCAGCUUUGCUCCCAGCUUUACUGCAGCAGUUAGGCCAAGAGAACCCUCAGCUGCUCCAGCAAAUUAGUCAGCAUCAGGAGCAGUUCAUUCAGAUGCUCAACGAACCUCUGGGUGAAAUGGCUGACAUCGCAGACAUUGAGGGAGAGAUGGGUGCUAUUGGGGAAGAAGCUCCCCAGAUGAACUACAUCCAAGUUACGCCUCAGGAAAAAGAAGCCAUAGAAAGGUUAAAGGCCCUGGGCUUUCCUGAGAGUCUGGUGAUCCAGGCAUAUUUUGCUUGUGAGAAGAAUGAAAAUCUGGCAGCCAACUUCCUGCUGAGUCAGAACUUUGAUGACGAGUGAUAAAGAAAAAGAGUUUUAUAUAAAAUUCUCUAUAUAAAUAUUCGUUUAUUUAAAGGGGCACUACUGGGUUGGGUGGUGAUGGUAUGAUUUGAGAAUGUCCCUGAUGAAUUGCUGGCUAGAAGAAAAUACUCUACCUUGGAAAUGGGGCAGUUAGGGGAAAAGCAGAACAAAUGGACCUUCUGUUCUCUUCUCAAAAACAAGGGUGGCAUUUGAGCCCAGCUGCAUCUUACAACAAUCCUUAGACUGACAGGCAAGGUGUUUAGGGAAAGGUUGACACAGCAGAUGGGUGCUGUUGGACCUUCUCCCAUCUCACACGAUUGCAUGUGUGCAAACAAAUUGCUCUUUUGUUUGAAAAAAUCUCCCCUUCACGCCAGUGCACAUUGCUACAAUGCUGAACUUAUUGCCCAUCAAUUAAUUCUGUUGCUGGUACUCUCCCCUUUGCUUUCCUUCAAUGUCAUUUUGAAAUCAGUUUAGUUGUUCACCCCAUUCAAAAGGGUGGCUUGUGUUAGGUAAGUGAUAUGUUUUCUGAUGAUCUGUUUGAUAUUUGUUCCUGUGCUGGAGAGGCUGUGCCAGAGUUAUGGAAUAUCUUGUAAUUCUGUGCACAAAGAUCCCAUGGUUUUUUUUUCCUAUCCUGUAUUUUUUGCCAUUGUCCAAUAAGGCAACUACCUACCUUCAUCUAUGGUUUUCUGACACUGCUCUUAAAAUCAUUCCCAAAGAAUAUCAAGGAAACAGUUUCCCUGUACUCAUCCAACUUCAAACACUGUGUUUUUUUUUAAACUUUUUGUUUGUUCUUUCUCUUUUUUAAGGGCAUCUCAUGGUUUUAGUCUGUUCUUCAGACACCUAGCUUUGAAGUCUAGCUCCUGGGGAUUGCCUGUAUAACAUUCAUGUAUACUUUUAUUAUCCAUCAUUUUAACAUUAGGAAUUUGGAGCCACAAACUUUAAUAUAGUAGGGGGAAAAAAGGAUUUUACAAACCCCUGUAAUAACUGAGUAUCUUGAGAUAGUUUGAAACACAUGUUUGUUUCUCUAUUUCUGUGUUGUGGGAAUUUUAAAGAAGUUUUUCCUCCCUAGUAUUCUGAUUUUACUUGUUCAAAAUAUUUUUAAUCUAAAGAUUCCCCAAAAGAGAAUCCAUUAAUAGUUGGGGAUACAAAACUAAUACAAAAUAGUUGUGUAUUAGAUAUUUGAUAUGUUUUCCUUUUUUAGUUUUGAAAAAUGAUCAAAUUGACAUUUUCCUGAAUAUUUUAAUAGAAAAAUAUGUAAAGAAAGAGCCUGUUUUAUUUAUACCUUUGAAACUGGAACUGAACUCUGAGAAAAAAAUUCUUGAUAGCUAGGGAAAUUGGCUUUAAUACAUAGAUUGUAGAUACAAAACUAUAGAAACUUUAGAUCAUCAUUUACUUUUCUGUGGGAAUGUUAGUCAAAGCUGUUUCUGGUUUGAACCUCAAUAAACCUGUCAGUUAUCACAUGUUAAAUCCCCAGCUUCCUUUGAUAAACUAAGCUGCCUUUCCCCACUAUCCCCCUAAGAAGCCUGGGAAUCCCAUUCUUUCCUCUGCAGGUGCCCAUUGCAAAGAGAACCAGAGUAUUGCCUCUAUGCCUCCAAUAAUAAAUUCUGAAGCCAUAUGUUACUGCUAAUUUGUGUGACAUGGUUGUGUGACUAUGACUGACAGUGUGCAAUAUAUUGUUUAUAAGUUUGAUUUGAUUUCAAAGCUGGUGGGCAGGCAUGGAGGAAAGCAGAAAUUUAAUUCUUAAGUUUGAAAAAGUGUCCAGUGUUCACAGUAUUUUUUCCCAGCCACAUGCCCUCUGUAUGUCUUGGACUUCAUUUAUUUUAGCUAGGGAUUCUAGAAGUUGAAGUUUAUCACAUUUGGAGGGCACUGAAAUGCACUUAUGUAGAGUUAGGCACUCUACGUAAGGCCUAAAAGGAUAUAGUCUAUAUUGUGUGGAAAGGAAGUUAUCCUGAUUGUGCUGGAAUUAGACCAGUUCUGCUAUGUUGUUCACUGAAGAAUUGUUUUUAAAUAGCAUCCAAUGAAUUAGGCUAUAACCUAUGAGUGCUAUUUGAGGUGGAAAUUUUACUUGAUUAAAAUUUUAGAUUGCAUCAUGGUAUCUUUGGGUACUAAAGAAAUUUGAAAAGCUGCUUCUGACUUUGUAUUUGGCCUAGAAAUACUUUUCAAAAUGGCAGUGAAAGGUGUCUGCAUGCAUGCUCAACCUUAACUGCUUGCUCCAGACUCUUAAUUUCCAACUUCCUUAUCAGCAAGCAAGAACAUUCGUGCUGAAUUAUAGCUUUCUUCAAAGUAGAUGGCUGAAUAUUGGAAUGAGUUGAUGAGAGUGUGUUGCCCCAAAGUGGGAUUUGAAUGCUUUAUUUGUGCCUGAGAGCCUGGGAUUUAAGGGAGAGCUUUCAGUAGUACUCAUUGCUCCUUGUCCCUUUUCAUGAUGAACCAAAACAAACAAACACAUCCCCCCACCCCCCAGGAUAAAGUAUGUAAAAUCAAAAAACUGGAACACACAACUAGCAAAAUAUGUAGAUUGGCCUUGUCCAAUCUGGUACUCCAGAAAUGUUGGACUAUAACACUCUAAUCACUUAACCAGAGUGAAUAUAGUGGAUAGAAUUUACAGACUUAACAUAUCUUACAUAUACCAGAUUGGGGAUGGCUGAUGUACUUGCAACAAAAAUUCAGGUACUAAACUCAAAAUUUUUAUUUGAAAGCACAUGCAUACCAGCAUGAAAUGUUUUUGAUACUGAGGCCUUGAUGAGAAAGAAAAACUUAACUGCUGCUUGUUUUGCUAAAGUUAGAAAGAACUGGAAAUAGAAGACUUUGAAAAACAAUGAAACAAAAAUGUUUUGAAAAGUUUAUCUGAUAAGUACCAGGUAAGAGAUUUCUGCCAAGGCUCUUCAUAAAACGGGAAAUGUUACAACUUCAGUUUGCAGGUUCUUCUUGAGUGAAAGUCCUGUUGUUUUGUUAUGUUUGUCAACUUUCAUUUUGGUCUAAUUUGGCUUGGAGAACUCUGUCUAUGCCUCCUUUCUGUCUCUGGUUGAAAUGUUCUAGGCACUGUGAAUGGAGUGUGAAAUAAACAAGUUGUUGAGGCUGCUCAGUGGCAGGAGUGUGAUGCUCCUUCA